ACCGUUUCGUCUCUAUGGCAACGAACUGGCGCUGUUUUUUGUAGACAUGUAACGCGCAAUAAAGAACAUAAGGGUGCAUUAAAUAUAGUUUUAUUAUUUAUUUUCUUUUGUUUUUAACUGAACGACAGAAACAUGGAGAGGUCUGUGGAAGCGCUGGCUGACCAGAAGCAGCAGUCUGCAGCCUGCUUCAAGGCUUUCCUGCUGAAAAACAGCACAAAAACAAACCUCAACCUCUACGACCAUCUGGUUCGCCUGCUCACCAGAGUGAUGGACGAGCGUCCGGAGAACGCAGUGGAUGUGAUUGAAGAUCUGAGCCACAAGAUAAAGCGCGGCAUGCUACAGGAGAACCAGAGCACGCUGCGGGACGCGCCGUCCACAACCUCCUCUGAGCUGCUGGCUGAGCAGCAGAGAGCGCUGUUUAACCGUGGGGGCGAGGGAGAACAAGAGGAGGUGCUGAUGGAGACACCCCUGCCCAAUGUGACUGAGCUGACUUUCUUCCUGGAGCAGAUUGGGGUUGGUCUGGGUCGGGAGGAGAUGCAGAGGAUCCUCCUGGCCCUGAAGCAGCUGGUGGACAUGCAGCCCCUGCAACGCUGCCGAUUCUGGGGCAAAAUCCUCGGUAUUGAAGGGAACUACGUGGUGGCUGAAGUGGAAUACAGGGACGGUGAGGAAGAAGAGGAAGAAGGAGUGGAGGAAAAGGAUGAAGACAAGGAGAAAGAGGGAGAGGCUCAAGAAGAAGAUGAGCUGGAUCCAUUCCCCAAGUCAAGCUACAAGCCACCCACCCCAGUAACUAAGGAGCCUCGUCGCUCCGGUGCCAACAAGUUCACCUACUUUGUGUGCAGAGAGCCUGGCCUGCCCUGGGUCCGUCUUCCUGAUGUCACCCCAGCUCAGAUCACAGUCGCUCGACAAAUUCGCAAGUUCUUCACCGGGUGCCUGGACGCACCCAUCGUGAGCUACCCGCCCUUCCCAGGCAAUGAGGCCAACUACCUGCGUGCCCAGAUUGCCCGCAUCUCAGCAGGCACCCAGGUCAGUCCACUGGGUUUCUAUCAGUUCAAAGAGGAGGAGGGGGAAGAGGAAGAGGAAGGAGCGAGAGACAGCGUCGAGGAGAACUCUGACUUUGAGGGUAUCCCCGUGCACGAGAUGGCAGAGUCGCUGUCGGCGUGGGUCCACCACAUACAGCACAUUCUCAAGCAGGGUCGUUGUGUGUGGGUCAAUCUGGCUGAAAAGAAAGAGAAUCUCCUUGAAGAAGACGCAGAGGAAGAGGAGAAGGAGGAAGAACCCGACGAGCCUGAGCCUGAGGUUGGACCGCCGCUUCUCACGCCACUGUCUGAGGACGCAGAGGUUAAUCACACGCCUCCUUGGACUACCAGGAUCUCCUCAAACCUAAUCUCCCAGUAUGCCAUUGCUUUUGUGCGCUCCAACCUGUGGCCUGGAGCUUACGCGUACGUGUGCGGCAAGAAGUUUGAGAACAUAUACAUCGGCUGGGGGCUGAAGUUCUUGGGCGAGGGCUUUACCCCGGCGCUGCCUCCUCCCCCACAGCCCGAGUACCCCAGUGGCCCUGAGAUUACAGAGGCACUGGACCCCAGUCUGCAGGAGGAGGAGGCUCUGAAGGAAGCCCAAGAGGAGAAACAGGCUGCGCUGGAAGACAACGAUGCAUUGGACGCCGAGGAAGAGGAGGAAGAAGAGGAAAACUGAAUGACACAGACUGACACACAGUGGACUGAGGUCUUUUAACAUAUGCGACUAUAUUAAACUGUUAUGUAUAAACAUUGAUCAUUUUCUCAUUUCUUUGUUAUUAUACAGCGCUGUUAAAUGCUUGAUUCUGAUUGGCCAGAAGGUUGAUUCGAUUUCUGUGUUUAUAUUAAUGUGCUAAUUUGAAUACAUUUUCAUUCCUACAGUAUAAGCCAAUUUUCAGGGAUGUGUAUAAACAAAUUUAUUAAAAACAAAAAGCAUGCAAUUGUUGAUAUAAUGUGUAAAGUUUUCUGUGAGGAACUAUGUAUCUAUUUAGCAUUUAGGGAAGGAGUAACUUUCCUAACACAGGAAAAUCUUCAGGAUAGAGGGCUUUGAGGUUUCUCAGUAACAUGACAAGCUCUUAUUAACCUCAAAAGAAAAAAAAAUGGAGAUUGAUGAGGGAAUGAAUGUUUAUAGCAGCUGUAACAUAAGGAACGAACUUGUUUUGUGGAUCUACAAAUAGAUAAAAUGUACAUGUUGUUCUUUAAUUAAUAAAAAAUGUUAAUAGUUGGCAAA